GUGUUAGUAGUGAACGCCCCCGCUCCUGAAGUUGUGAGUCUCAAUCAUCAGACGGAAGAGGACAUCUAAGUACGAAUUUUGGAUAGCCACAAGAUAUUUCGUUCCUGGGGCAGGGCCACCAGAGCGCAAUGUCUGACAACAGCAAUAGUGCCAAUGGCAACAACUGGACCAUCAUACCACCAGAGGCACCUGUUGCUGAGAAUGUCGGUCCAGUUCUAGAGGACUCCCGUUGCCAUGGAGACAUGAGCAGCUCUGUGGACCCAGAUCCUCCCCCAGGGGUGCAGAUUGAGUCGGCCCACCCCCCCUUGCAGCAGAUGGGACCAGAACCCUCGUCAGAGGCCCAGGCGCAGCCACUGCUCUCGUCAAGAGCAGAAGCGCUACACGGGCAGAGUGGAACCAACCAGCCUGUCGAGCAAGAACCGGUAAGUGAAGGACUGUCCCUGGAUGGCCUUGAUGACCACACUCAGAAUGACGACUCCACCCCCAGUGUGGUUCCUCUGAGCUCAGUCGCAGAGGGCGAUGAGUCCACGGGCCUCGAUGAGCACAGUGUGCACGAUGGCUACGCAGAGGGCCACACCCACUCCAGCACCGAGACGGAUCUCUUCUCUGAUUCGUACACGCAUAUAAGCUCCACCCCUGAUGCCAUACACACUGUAGAGAAGGAGGAGGAGCUUCAAGAGAAAGAGGAGGGGCUUGACCAGGGGAGAAAAGGCACUGAUGAAGUAAUACUGUCAGACAGCCCGCAGGAGUCGGUGGCGGCGUCGGCAGAGGGAGAGAGCGAGGGAGACGGCCUGAGGAGGAGGAGGAAGGUGUCCCUGCUGGGCUCCCUGGACGGAGAGAGGGAGGAGGAGGAGGAGGAGGAGGAGGAGGAGUACCGGCCGCCCCCAGCUAGGGAGGAGGAGGCGGGCCUGUCUCUGAACAAGUGCAUCCUGGGAGCUCUGCUGCUGCUGGGCUUGGGGACCAUCUUCUUCUCUGGUGUGUUUAUGGACCUGGAUGAGGAAACAGAUGAUGUGAAGGAGUUGAAAGAUCGAGAUCUCGCUCAGGAAUGGUUGAAGAGCGAAGGACGUCCAGACGCUUAUGCUGGAGUGAAGCACCCCGGACUGGUGGACAAAGAAAAUGAACAGAUCGCAGUACUACAGGCCCAGUUGCAGCAGGCCCAGAAGGAGCAGCUCACGUCUGCCCAGCAGCUGCUGCAGGAGGGGGUCAAGGAGCAGGAGAGGUGGGAGCACCUGGAGGAGGAGAACCUGAAGAUGAAGGGGGAGUUGGAGUCACUGCCUGCCCGACAGAAGGAGCUGGAGCAGGAGAACGAGAGGAUGAGGAAGGAGCAGGAGAAGUCCAGGAGGGAGCUGGACGCUCUCAAGGCCAAGAUGGGAGCAGUGCCCUCUGCUGGUCAACCCACAGAACAGCAGAGCAGCCAAGAUCCACAGCAAAAGGGGGGGGGGGAAGAUGCAAAGGAUAAGAAAAAACCUCCGAAGUUGGAGAAAGAGAAAGUUGAAAAAGAGCAGAAGAAAGAAUGGAAGAAGAAGGAGAAGAAGGAGGAAAAAGAGGGGAAGAAAGACAAAGGUGCCAAGAAAGAAGGUGGAGAGAGGAAAGAGGGGAAGGAGAAGAAACAACAUGGAACGAAGGAGAAAAGGGGUGCAGAGGAAGGCAAGGAAUGGAAAGACAGAGGAGCAAAGGAGAAGAAAGAGGAGAAAGAUUGGAAGAAGAAAGAGAAGAAGCUUUGGGCAGAGGAGGGCAAGGCUGAAAAGAAGGAGAGGAAAGAGUGGAAGGAGGACAAGAAGUGGAAGAAGGACAAAAGCAUGGAUGGACACAGGGAAGUAGAGAGGAAGGAAUGGAGAGAAUUGGAGGAGAAAAGAGAGAAAAGGGGAGGAAAAGAUGGAGAGAAGAAGCACAGAGAGGAAGAUGGAGCAGGGAAGAAGGAUAAGAAAAGGAAAGGUGAUGAAAUGAGCGAUGGAAAAGUGAAGAAGGAGAAGAAAGAAUGGAAAGACCGAGAGGAACGGAGUGAAGAGUCGGACUGGAGGAAAAGGAAAGAAGACGGCAAGAAAAAGAGCAUGGAAUGGAGAGAGAGGACGGAGGAGAGGAAACACUCUGGUGGCAAAGCCAAGGAGCGGUCUAAUGAGGAAGAGGAAGAGGAAGAGGAAGUGCGUGGGAAAGGGAAGGAGCAUGGAAGAGCUCACAAGUGGAAAAAGCCCAGAGAUGACCAUCACACCAGAAAUGACCGUCACAAAGAACAGGGCAGAGCCGCAAAACACCACAAAGACGACAAGAAAGACAAUCGCGGCCAGAUCACGGACGACAAGACGUCUUCCCAUCUUCACGAUGACGACGACGAUGAGCACGAUGAUGACGGCGACGCCAGUCAUCUCCGCGGCGACUACUGGAGCCAGCAGCGACAGAAGCUGCAUCACUCCCGCGGGCCUCCGGCCGAGUGCUCGGACGCUGCCGCCUGCGCCCGCGCCCAGGGCCUCGUCCCCGUCUCCCUGGCCGACUUCGAGGCCUUGCUUCUGGCCUACCUGGACCGCCUGGACGUCGGCGCUGCCUCCUCCUCCGAGGACCAGGCCUCCAGGAGACAGAAGCUCGGCGCACUGGUGAGGGAGUUCUUCGCGGCCGACGGACUCUUCGUCCACGACCGGACACCCUUCGGCGAGUUUGUGGAGGACGUGUCGGACAUUCUGGAGGACAUGGCAGAGGAGGGGGAGAACCAGGAGAUGGAGGAGGAGAUGGAGGGCUUCGAGAAGGAGGCGCUGGAGAGGUUUGCCAUGCAGGAGGAGGGAGGGAAGGGUGGCGCGGACAGAGGAGAGGAGUCCAAGAGAAGGAGUGGCAGAGUAAAGGGCUGAUUGAGAUAUCAACUGCCUACGUUGAUAGAGAUUUAAGAAUUUCUAGAAAGAAGAGAGGGAAAGAUGUCAUGUCAUGUAGUGUCAUGUUGUGCGAGCGAUAUGGUUGGGUUGGGUUGGGUUUUCUGAUUUGAUUCUCAUCAGAGCUCCCUGGUUCGAAAGGGG